CUAACUUGACAGUUUGUUGUUGACAGCCAGUCGUGCUAUCGGCUGACGCCGUGCAAGUUUGCAGGAAUGGCUCUUGUAAUGCGAAUCUGCACUCUGCUGGUAAACGUGUUAUGCUUUCCUCUCCACCUGAUCGAAGCGGUCGGUUUGUUCAAAUUAUAUAAGCGAGUCUUCCCGAUUUUUCUAUAUCGACUUUCUAUAUCGUACAACAAGAAAAUGGAUGACAGCAAGACAGAGCUGUUUCGCAGUCUCUCAGAGUUCAAAAAACCUGGCAAGCAGCUCACUGUUUUAGAGAUUGGCUGCGGCACAGGCACUAAUUUUAAGUAUUAUCCGCCAGGUUGCAAGGUGGUCUGCACAGAUCCAAACCCCAACUUUCAGAAAUAUCUGAAGACCAGCAUGGCUGAGAACGACCAGCUCACAUACGAGAAGUUUGUUGUGGCAUCGGGGGAAGACAUGAGGACAGUGGAGGACGAAUCGGUAGAUGUUGUUGUCUGCACCCUGGUGCUCUGCUCUGUCAACGACAUCCCGCAAACUCUGCGAGAGGUGCACCGCAUGCUGAGACCAGGUGGAGCCUUCUUUUUCUUGGAGCAUGUUGUGGCAGACCCCUCCACCUGGGCAUACUUCUUCCAGCAUGUUCUCCAGCCUUUGUGGUACUACUGUGGUGACGGAUGUGACGUCGCCCGUGAGACUUGGAAGUAUCUGGAGUCAGCUGGAUUCUCUGAUCUCAAACUUAGACACAUGGAAGCACCGCUCGUCUUCAUCAUCAAACCGCACAUCAUGGGCUUUGCUGUCAAAUAGAUUCUAUAUGGUUAGCUUUACAGUGAGCUUGCCAAGCGAUAAGUGUGUCUCUUUUUUGAUAUGAUUGAUUGGCAGCAUAAGAGAUUACGCCUUUUAUGCUGCGUUCCAUUUACCUCGGAAGUCGGAACUGGGAAUGAAGUCACACCCGAGAUAACUGCGUUCCAGUUGCAAGUCAGAAAAGCCACAUGGACGCGUCCAGGAGUACCUUUGUUUUGUUAGCUAAUACCAGAUGAUAACAAUACACUACGUGAUAGUUUCUGACCGAAAAUAACAUGAAACACCUCCACAGAGAGAACUUUAAUUGAUUUAAUUACACAAAAAGACGACUAAGCUGCUAAUAAACUCAACAGUUGCAUCUUAAACAUUCCUUUCGAUGCACGUUUCUGACCGAAAAUAGUAGCAGCCAUAUUGGAUAUGAACUCGGGCUACUAUUUUUGGGUUGUUCCAGUUGAUCUCAUAAGUGGGAAAUUCCCAGUUCCCAUUCGGAAGUGUCAACUCUAACGCCCCCUGAAGUCGUAAUUACGACUCGGAAACUCUAAGAAAAAAAAGUAGCCCCAGUUCAGAUCCAAUAUGGCUGCUACUAAAAAAAAAUCUACGUUAAGUGUAGACUAGUGACUAGACUUAGAGGUCCCAUAUUAUGCUUUUUCUGGUUUUAUAUGCUCUUUAGUGUGUUUUCCAUGUAUCCUGUGCAUGUUUAGGCACAUCUAUGUGCAAAAAUUCAAAGUCCGUGGAAACGCGGCUUCUUCUACGUCCUCCUGUUAGCUGUAGCAUUAGCUGCAUGUAACGCUCGGUUUUAGCCCCCCUUGAAAAAAAUUUGCCAGAUUACUGAUCUAAGCCAUUGGCUCGUUGUGGCAAGCCCUGCAGCUCAUGUUGCACAUCCGUUAACUUCUGUAGCACGCCCACGAUAUGCCGUAGCCUGCGGUAGCACAGUAGUGCUAAGGCGCUAAUGUUUUUGCUGUCCUCGGAGUCAAAGUGGCUGCAUUCCCAAUAUGGUAAAAGGGGCGUGACAUUUCACUUACCUGUUCACCUGGUUUUUGGCUCGGAUGGAGAGAGGGGGUGAGCGUGGGAAGAGAAAAUUUCUGUUGACCGCCACACUACAUUGGACUGCGAUCACUAGUUUAUUUGAUGAUCCGAAAACAGCGUUUGUAGUAUCUUGUUUUGUUUUGGAAGAAUAAAUGACUAAAGCAUCUUG